AUGUUCUGUUUCUAUUUAUUCCUUGCAAUUGCAAUCACCGUAGCGGCCUCUCGCAGAGAGGAUAGCAGAAGCAAUGAGUGGUACCGGCAAGCACGCGGUUUCCGAGGUUCCCAUGGAGGAGGAAACAAUCAAAUGGGCAAGCACGAUUCAUCUGACGAGGACAGUUAUGGAUCGAACAGACGCCCUUCCUUCGGUAACAGCCCGUAUCCGUAUGAACUUCCCUUCGGAUUUGGUCAGUAUCCAGAAGGAGCUCCAUCCGGAUACGGACAGUGGACCGGAGGCUUCUUUCCCGGACGAUAUCCGAAAAGAUAUGAUUCCCGAAGUAAGGGCUCUUCUGAGGAGCGCCACCACGGAGCUAACGGAGGUAAUGGAGUAGGUGGCAGACGCCCACCCUUUGGAGAAUUCGGAUACAACAACAAAGGCAUGAAGCCAGGAGCAAGAACAUGA